GCUAUGGUGGUGGACUCGACGACGCGGUUCGGCUCGCGAUGGCUGGGGCCCAUAUAGAAGUGCGUCGCGACGCGGACGUCAGUUUUGUCUCGCCGCCCUCUGGAUAUUCGUCGUUCGGCACCAUGAGAUUCCUCUUUUUAAUCCUCGCCAUAACACCGGCGUUAGGAACAGGAUUGCAAAGCCACAUUCGUGAACGAAGGCAACAACCUAAUUACCAUCAACCUAAUUACAAUCAAGCGCCGGCUGCGAUAAGACAGAUAUUGGCGGCUCAGCAGGCUCGCGAUCCGAUCGUGCAUCUUCCGCCGCAGCCGAUACCGAAUCUAGGACCUGCCAGACCUGUCGAGCCGCAAUACGUCAGUCAGUCCCAACUGACUCAGUAUCGGCCGCAAGUACUCGGCCAACAACCUCAGCAGCCGACCUACAACCAGAUCCCUGUGAAACCGGCCCAAUAUAAUCCGCCGGCCUCCGCUCGACAACAAUACAACCCGGGUGCCGCCCAACAGCAAUAUAAUCCGCAAUACCGCACUAAUUACGCGCCGCAUCCGCAGCAGCAGUUACAGCAGCAGCAGCAGCUUCAGCCGCGGUUGCAGCCGCUGCCGCAACAACAAGUCGCGCAGCCGAAUUAUCAAUAUUCUAAAAAUCUGCCACCGCAACUCCAGCAGCUUGUGCAGAUCCAGCAGAACUUACCCAAUGCGAUUCCGCAGGGACAACAUCAAGGAUAAUCGACCACCUCUGUUGAGGCAUCAAAGUUAUAAUAUCAAUCUUGAUGUCAUUAUACUUUCAUCAGAUCAUAUCAUUUCUUAUGUAUCUAUUUCAUCCACUCAUUAAUUCAUAAUCAUUGACAAUGGAACGCUAAAUGCGAAGAUAUAUAGUAUACUUUGUCAUUGUUAUUCGUCUUCGUAAAUAUUUUUUAUAAAUUAUGUGUAUGUCGAACUGCGUUGAGAAAGGUAGAUUACAUUGAAAGAAAAGAUUUUAAUAGAGUUUUUUUUAAAUAAUUCUAUAGGAAAAAAUUAAUAUUAUUGUUUCUUGAUUAGUGUCGUAUUUUUAUAUCCAUUUCAUUUCAU